AUAAGGAAAGUCGGCAUGGCUUGCGCCAUCGCGCUCCUGAUGAAACGAAUAGCGAGCGAAGUUUGUCUGAUCGAUCAAAACUCGGACAGGGCUGCCGCCGAAGCCGAAGACAUUCAACACGCUGGUGUCUUUCUGGGAUGCCCGCUUGUGACUGGCACAUCAGACGUCUACAAGGUGAAGGACUCGUCGGUGGUGGUGAUCGCGGUUUGCGAGCGGAAGCCGGCGGAGGAAUUGAACGUGAAACACAACGUCGAGGUGUUUAAGAAGAUCAUCCCCACUAUCGCGAAGUUGGCGUGUAAGGCGGUGUUGCUGGUUGUAAGUCAGCCGAUCGACGUGAUGUCGUACAUCACUUGGAAAUUGUCCAAGUUUCCCUCGAGCCGAGUACUCGGCACGGGGACUCUGCUCGACAGCUGCAGGUUGCAGGAUUUACUGAGUCAGAAGUUGGGAUUAGCGCGCAAGUCGAUUAGCUGCAUGAAUAUCGGCGCGCAGGGCGACACGUCCGUUUCCAUAUGGUCAAGCGUUCACGUGGCGGGCACGAAGAUACGCGACAUAAACUCAAGAAUGGGCGAAACCGACGAUCCUGAGAAGUGGCGUGACAUCGCCGAAGCUGUAAAUAAAACCGACGCUGAGCUUAAUCGGAGGAAAGGCGAGAAAGGGCCGAGCUGUUGGGCCCUGGGCUUCUGCACCGCUGAAAUAAUAGACGCUAUAGUCAGGAAUACCAAAAUGGUGCUGCCAGUGUCGACGUACAUACACAGCUGUUCCCACGGGACCGACAAGGACGUGUACAUGUCGGUACCCUGUGUUCUCGGCCGCGAGGGUGUGUACGCCACUGUGCGACAGAAGCUAAACGAUCAGGAAAAGGCAGCGGUGCAACAGUGCGCCGACAACAUCCGCGGUGUGCUGCGCGAGUGCGGCAUUCUUCGCGAAACGAACGACGUUGAGAAGUGA